AUGACGGUUGCGGUGUGGAUGGAGGAGGGGGAGCGACGACGACGGCGUGGAGGGGAGGAGGAGGGGGAGCGGCGGUUUUGUGGAGGGGAGAAGGGAGGAGAUGGAGAAGGAGCUAGGGUUUUUUGGGGGGUCUUUGUGUUUGUGGUAUCCGGGAAAAAGAAAGAACGGAGAAGAGUGUCUCGUCAACGUCGCAUGGCUGCCCUUAUUAUCCGCCUUCAUUUUCAUGAUUAUUUCGGUUGUGAUGCAUCCAUUUUACUAAGCGAUCCCGCCACAACUGAGAGGACAGCAUUGUCCAAUACCGGGGUUGGAGGCUAUGAAGUUAUAGAUGCAGCAAAAUCUGCUGUUGAAAACAUUUGUCCGGGGAUAGUUUCAUGUGCGGAUAUACCUGCUGUCGCAGCGCGUGAUACUUCUGUUGCGGUGGGUGGUCCUUCAUGGUCAGUAAGACUUGGCAGAAGAGACUCUACUAGAGCGAACCGAGCGCUAGCUGAUGGUCUUCCACGAGCCGAUCUUGAUCUACCAUCACUAGUUAGAGAUUUUGAUGCAAAGGGUCUGAAUGAAAGAGACAUGGUUGCUUAAU